AUGGAGGCGCUUCCACUGGAGAUCAUCAUAAUUAUUGCCUCUUUCCUGCCAGUUGAUACUCUUACACAUCAACGCCUCCUCGCACCUUAUGCCACGUUAUCGCGAAAAUGGCAGGGAGCUAUCGAGCGACGCACCUUUUCGAGCUUACGACUUAGCAAUGAAUUUGACGACCUAGAUAUUUUCUCGGAUAUCGUCUGGCCUAACUAUACGCGCCGUAUGUUUCUACGCCAUCUUACAUUCCGGAUCUAUGUCAGGCGUUACACGGGAAAAGGAAGUUUGCAACGCGCGAGCGAGAUGAUUACAUCAAAUUUACAGAUGCUCUUCUUCGUUCUAUCAAAGAGUGACGGUAGUAAGGAAAUUGCUUUGAAAUUAAGUUUCCAUGUGAGCGCUAGUCACUCCCUGGACCACAUUGAACGCCAGUCUCUUGAGCCACGCUUCGAGUUAAUAGGUCGUGGGGAGCAAUUGGCUACAGUGAAGUGUGUGUCAAGCCUAGCGCUUUAUUCAGACGCUUAUAUAGGACUAGCGCUACGCACCAUUGUCGACCUCAUGGCACGCUUCCCACGUCUAAGGUCCAUCAGAUUUACAAGAGGCGAGUAUUGUACAUACCGAAACGAUCGACAUGGCUUAGCCACUGCCCUUAUUGAUGCUGCCGGCUUCCUGUCAAAAACGGAGUGUCUUAAAGUGACUCUAACAACAGAACGGGUUGGCCCGUGGCCCUACUACCCGAGAUUCAGCUCAUAUCUCACUUAUAACACGAGCUUACCACCGUACGACACUUUCGGAGCAGCCAUGCGUAUGUGGUCGCACAACCUCGUCUAUCUCAAGAUUAACGGCGUCUUGAGCAGCUCGAUUUUCUGGCCGAGCGGGAACGAGCAGUCAGAGAUCAAGGUGUCACAUUGGCCCCGCCUAAGAGAGCUCUAUGUAGCUUUCGCAAUAAUGACACCGGAAGGAGGUUGGUACUUCGAGGAGCCAUCCGAUAUACAGACUAGACGAUGCGUGCCCUGCAACGACACGUUGUGGCCGUUAUUUGAGGCCUGGGCUAAGGCAAUCGAGUCUAUGCCUGUCCUAGAGCAAGCUCUCGUCGGCUUCAAUAUGGCUGGUCCGUCCAUGUUUGAUGAUUACUAUCCUUACAAAUGGUCUAUCGUCCUUCAGGUACCUGAUGUCCUCCAUAGUUCUUUACUUGGCACAUGGACAAAGAACCUGGGGCCCUAUUUGCACAACUCAAGGCUCAUCUUCCAGGACACUAACGGUUAGCGACCUGAUGAGUCGGCCAUGGGGAAGUUGCGGGCCGUACUUAAUAACAGAUUUCCGAAUAGAAAGAUGGUUGAGUUGGAGGUUGACGGAGAUCGGGUUCGCGAGGUUUGAUGUACGAUUGGCAUCGCACCAACGAAUAGCAACUUAUGUGAGAUAUGCUUUUUGCCGGAUCAACGUUCUACGCUGCAUUAUAAUG